AUCACCUAGCCGUGAGCAGGCGUGCCCUCGCUGCUGCUGCUGCUGCUGCUGCUGGUGGGAAAACAAACGGCAGCGGGACUUCAGAUCGGCUGCUCCCUCCUUCUGCCGAGACCCGGACUAGAGCAGCGGACUCUUGUAGUGUCCACGUCCGGAUGUAUGCCGAACAGGGCACGAGCGCUUUGCACUGAUCCGAGUCCUGAAUGCAACCCACCCUGCUCAACACAAACCACCAUGUCUGACGCUGCUAACACUGCCUCCACAGACAACAACGGCGGGGACUCGGGGCUAAACGGGUCCUGGGUGGAGUUGGAGAUGAACCGAGCUCAUCAGGCUCAGGCAUCCUUGACGGGGGGUCUGGCCCCCGGCCUACUGCCACUCCCUCAGGUGGAGGAAGAAGAGGCCAUAGUGGGGGGGCUCGAACACGUCCCGUCCUCUUCCUCAAUUCACAACGGAGACAUGGAGAAGAUUCUGUUGGACGCCCAGCAUGAGUCGAGUCGCAGUAACUCUUCCUGUGACAGCCCCCCACGGCCACACUCCCCCCAGGACGAGGGACAGAUCAUCUUCGACGUGGACAUGGCCGCCAGAAGAGACAGUCAGUCUGAAGAGGAAGUCUCGGACAAAGAGAGGGACAUGGACAUCCUUAUGAAGGAUGCAGAUUGGGUUGCCGACUGGUCCAGUCGACCGGAAAACAUUCCCCCCAAGGAAUUUCACUUCCGUCACCCUCGGCGCUCCGUAACUCUCAGCAUGAGGAAGACUGGCGUCAUGAAGAAAGGAGGAAUCUUCUCCGCGGAGUUUCUCAAGGUCUUCAUCCCCUCGCUGCUGCUAUCGCACGUAAUCGCUCUGGGGCUCGGCGUCUACAUCGGAAAGAGGCUGACCACGCCCCCCACCAGCUCCUUCUGAGCCCCAAAAUGAAGAGAAGUGCCUGGGAGGUGACCAUGAGAUGUUGGAGAAAAGUUUUGCUGUUCUGAGUAUGCCCUCCUCUCCCCCCUCAGUCCUGCCUGCACCCCCCCCCCCCCCCCCCCAGCCUGAGAUAUGACAUGUUCUCAGGAGAAACGCAUCUGCCUUUUCCUUCGUCUUUCUUCCUCCUUCCGAUUUUCUUGAUUCUUUCUUAUAUCUUUCACAAACAGUAUUGAGGUCAAAUUCUCCAGAGUUUCAACCUUCGGAAUGGGGGGUUUAGUGGGUGGGUUAAAGCAUUGAACCAAACUCCUGUACUGCUGUGCCCCGGCACUCCACCUGCAGAGACUUCCACCGAAUCCAAACGACUAAAAAUGUCCUCAUGCCUUUUUUUUUUUGUUUUCUUCUGUUGUUGUCGUCCGUUCUGGAUUGUUGUUUAUUUGUUUAUUAAGCCGUUUUUAUUCAGUGGCCAACCGCCUCCGAGACAUCACCCGCACAAGAGCCCCCAAACGGGUGGUGGAAAGGUGGCAGGUGUGCAGGCGGGCGGUGUCCUCUGUUCGUUUGUGUCGCUCGUGAGUCCAUAAUUCACCCAAACCAAUCAACCUUUGUGUUUUCUUCUGAUACAUCAGAGUUUCAUGCGUGUCCAGGAAAUCUGCAGUGUGUGGUUUUCCAAAAGUCAGAUGUUUUGGUAAAAAUUGAGGCAAUACAACUCAGAUGGAAGGACAUUUUCUUUUUGUUUUUUUUACAAGAAAAAGCUUUUGAAACCUCAGUUCUGAAGAUUAAAAUCUACAUUUAGCCAAUCCUCACCCCAGAAUGUUUGCCAAAAAUGUGUUCAACACCAAGACAAGAGCUCCAUGAUUCUCCAGUGGGAGUGGGACUUUCACUGCAGCUUCUUCUGGAAGGAGAAGGGGAGAGUUGAUGAUGCGAGACAACUUUUUUGGGAGUUGUGGCAUCUGCCAAUGCAGAGGUGUGGUGGGUUUCAUUGUGAGCCGGCCCACCAUUAGUGAGGUUUGCUGUGGAGAAGCUCAGCCGCAUCCAGCACGUCCGAGUGACCCCUGGAGAGCGCCCUGCACACCAGCUGCAGGAAAAUCCAAGUGGUCAGUGUUGACAGAUUCGUUAGUUGUGACGCGGACGUUGCUGCAUUUUCUAGGUAGGAGAACGAAUCAUUUUUAAACUGUGUCAUGUGAUCCAAAUAAAUCCUGGCUUUGCCUUGUUUCCUUGACUUUGUCAAACUUUGAACACAGAUUGAUAGAAAAUUUCCGUCUGAAACAGUAAAACGAUCCUCUUCAUAAAGGAGCUUUCCGUUUGUCUUUGUACACGCAGAGUUUGAAAGUGUAUUUGGGAUCUUUCCUGUCGUGUUUCAUGUGUUUUGAAAACAUUUUUCUCCCCUGGUGAGACCGAACACACAGAUUUAAAGUCAAGUUUGACUAAAUUCACAGAAGCUCUUUGUUGAUUUCAGUGCCUGAUGACUGGUAGGAAGAGUUCCCUCAGACUCUGAUCAGCUGAUCUGCAUUAUUAUAAUAAUGUAUUUGCUUUAUUUUGUCCCCCUACAUUGGAGAAACGGAUAAAGACUGUCAUUAAAAACGACCUGAAAGACGA